AUGGUAGCUCCAUCUGAGCCCAAGUCUCGGUCCUCCUCAGGAGAGGACUCCCGCUCCCCCUUUGAGGUCCUGACCACCGCCUUGUCCUUCCCAACCCGUGACCAGGAACAAUGGUGGCAUACGACGGGUGCAUUGCUGGCAGCGAUGCUCGCCUCAUGCAACUACACAAUCGCUCAACAAUACCAGCAUCUCGCCUUUUACUACAGCCAGCUGAUCCCCCGUCUCGGUUCAAACCCGGUCAAGUUCCGCUCCAGCCUAACCGUCAGCGGUCUCCCCAUGGAGUUCAGCAUCAACUACCAAAAAGACGGCAAACACUCCAUGGUCCGCGUUGGUGCUGAGCCCAACGAUUCGUUUUCGGGCACGGAAAGGGACCCCUUCAACCGGGUCCCGCCGGCGGAAAUGGUGGCUCACUUUACGAGAUCUGGGCUCGCGGGAUUCGAUCCACUGUUUUAUGAUUUUUUCGAACCGCAGCAUACACUCAACGCGGACGAGCAGGUCCGGCUGCCCAAGGAGAUCCCGCUUGGUGACAAGAUACACUCGCAAUUUUCCUUCGGAUUCGACUUUAAGGCAGACAAUGUCACGCUCAAGGGGUACAGCUAUCCAGGUCUCAAAGCCGCCCUGGCCGGCCAAUCGGUCAAGACACUCCUCGAUGGUGGCAUCAACGAGUUAAAGACGCGAGGGCUUUUGGACUGCACCGAGGCCUGGGGCCAUCUCGCAGAUUACGUCGAGUCGAUCAACAACUGGGGCUUUCACAACCUCUUGGCGUGGGAUUACGUCGCGCCCGCGAAAUCUCGUCUCAAGUUUUACAUGUACCUUAUGGAGGUCGCGGAUAUACAGAAGGUCGAGGAGCUCUGGACGCUGGAUGGCCGCGCACGCAGCCCCGAGCACCUCGAGGGGUUGGAGUAUUUGAAGAAGCUUUGGGACGUCAUUGACCUCAAGAACAUCGGCAAGAGAGACAUGCCCCCGAAUGCGCAUCAGAUCCCCGAGGGUGUGGCGCAGUUGUGCUGGAACUACGAGAUGACGGCCACCAAUUCGCUGCCCAUCGGCAAGCCCUACUUCCCGCUGCAGGGUGUCAACGAUGCGGUCUGUAUUCAGAAGAUCGUCGAUUACUUCAAGCUCAUCGGGUGGGAUGACAUGGCGGCUACGUAUCGGGACACGGUGCAGUCGUACUAUCCCGGAGUCGAUUUGUCGAAGACAUCGAGCUUGCUCAUGUGGAUUUCGUUCACGUACUCGGAGAAGACGGGCGUUUACUUGAGUAUUUAUUAUCAUCCUUCCCCGGAGGUCAGAGCCGUUGAGAAUUAUGUGCCUUCCCUAGAGCCUAGUGCGUAG